AUGUCCACAUGCAACCCAUGCACCACCCCAAUUGAAGCACACUCCAAGCUAGCUACUGCAGCUUGCACCCCGGUCUCCAACCCGAUACUAUACCGGAGUUUCGCGGGUGCUCUUCAAUACCUCACCUUCACUCGUCUCGACAUCACGCAUGAUGUUCAGCAUGUUUGUCUCCACAUGCAUGACCCGCGCGAGCAACACUUCCUGCUGAUCAAGCGCAUCCUGAGGUACGUCAAGGGGACACUCGGCCAUGGUCUGCAGCUUUCAUGUAGCCCCUCCCAUGACCUCGUCAUCUACUCUAACGCGGACUGGGCAGGCUGCCCUGACACUCGCAAGUCUACCUCGGGCUACUACGUCUUCCUCAACGACAACUUAAUCUCCUGA